GCCGACAGUUACCGUUUUUUAACGAAGCAUUUUGAGCGGUUGUAGAGUCGUCGUUUCUGCCAUUUGUUGAAAGAAAGGGCACAAGAAUUUCUACAAUUUGCAAUGUUUUAGUGCGGUUUUCUUGUUUGUGAGAUUGCUGCAUCAAUAUUCGCUUCAUGGCAGAUAUCAAGAGUUUGUUUAUCAAAAUGGGCACGAAUGGGUCAGGGGGCGCAGGGGACGCCGGGCCAGACCAAGCAUCCCCUCCCAAAGCCGCGAAAGCGUCCAAAAAAAACAACAUCGAAAAAACCUACCAGAAAAAAUCCCAACUGGAACACAUCCUGCUCCGUCCCGACACCUACAUCGGUUCGGUGGAAAAGCAAACCGAAUCCAUGUGGAUUUACGACACCGAGGCGGAAAAAAUGGUGCAAAAACAGGUGGAGUACGUUCCGGGGUUGUACAAGAUCUUCGACGAGAUCCUCGUGAACGCCGCCGAUAACAAGCAGAGAGACAAAAAGAUGGACUGCAUCAAAAUCGAGAUAAAGCAGGAGGAGAAUCUCAUUUCCGUGUGGAACAACGGGCAGGGUAUUCCCGUGGUGAUGCACAAGGACGAGAACAUGUACGUGCCGACGAUGAUUUUCGGGCAUUUGUUGACCUCCUCGAACUACAACGACGAGGAGGAGAAGGUUACGGGAGGUAGAAACGGCUACGGCGCCAAACUGUGCAACAUAUUUAGCACCAAGUUCACGGUGGAGACCGCUACAAAAGAGUAUAAAAAGCAAUUCAAGCAGACGUGGGGCAGCAACAUGACCAAAGCGUCCGAUCCCAAGGUGAAAGAGUUCUUCGGCGACGAUUUCACCAAAAUCAGUUUCAGCCCGGAUUUGGCCAAAUUCAAAAUGGACAAGUUGGACGAUGAUAUCGUCGGCAUCAUGUCGCGUAGAGCGUACGAUAUCGCCGCCUCCGCCAGAGGCGUUAAGGUCUUUCUCAACGGCAAAAAAGUCGCCGUGAAGAAUUUCAAGGAUUACGUCGACAUGUACGUGAAAGGUAACGAAGACGAUUCCGGUAAUAACCUCAAGGUUGUCCACGAAGUGUGCAGCGAACGCUGGGAAGUCGCUUUAACUCUCUCCGAGCGGGGUUUUCAACAGAUGUCUUUCGUUAACAGUAUCGCCACCACUAAAGGUGGCAGACACGUGGACUACGUCACCGAUAUGGUGGUGAAACAGCUGAUUGAGGUUCUGAAGAAGAAAAAUAAGGGCGGGGUUAACAUCAAGCCGUUCCAAGUGAAAAACCACAUGUGGGUGUUCAUCAACUGCUUGAUCGUGAACCCGACGUUCGACUCGCAAACUAAAGAGAACAUGACUCUGCAAAUGAAGUCGUUCGGAUCUAAAUGCGCUUUAAGCGAUAAAUUCAUCGCUGCCGUUACGAAAAGCGGCAUAGUCGAGUCGGUUCUGUCCUGGGCAAAAUUCAAGGCGCAGAAUGAAUUGGAGAAAAAAGGCGGCAGAAAACAGUCGAAGCUGAAGGGAAUUCCGAAGCUGGAGGACGCGAACGAAGCCGGCACGAAAAACGCUCUGAAAUGCACCCUCAUAUUAACCGAGGGAGAUUCGGCCAAGUCUUUGGCCGUAUCUGGUCUCGCCGUAAUAGGAAGAGACAACUACGGGGUCUUCCCCUUGAGAGGUAAACUGCUCAACGUGCGCGAAGCCACGCACAAGCAGAUCCUCGAGAACGCGGAAAUCAACAACCUGAUCAAGAUCAUCGGGCUGCAGUACAAGAAGAAGUACAACAACGAGGACGACAUGAAGACGCUGCGUUACGGCAAAGUGAUGAUCAUGACGGAUCAGGAUCAGGACGGGUCGCACAUCAAGGGCUUGCUCAUCAACUUCAUACAUCACAACUGGCCGGAGCUGCUCAGGCAGAACUUCCUCGAGGAGUUCAUCACGCCCAUCGUCAAAGCCAAGAAGAGGACCGAGGUGUUCUCGUUCUAUUCGCUGCCCGAGUUCGAAGAGUGGAAGGCCAACACGCCCAACCAUCACACCUUCAACAUCAAAUACUACAAAGGUUUGGGUACCUCCACGUCCGUGGAGGCUAAAGAGUACUUUCAGAACAUGGCGCGCCAUCGCAUCCGCUUCCGCUACGGCGGCCAGGAAGACGACGAUCACAUCGUGCUGGCCUUCAGCCGCAAGCACAUCGAGCACCGCAAAGAGUGGCUCACCAACUUCAUGGUGGAGUCGAGGCGCAGGAAGGAGAUCGGACUUCCCGAAGUCUAUCUCUACGGCAAAGACACCAAGUUCGUCUCCUACGCGGACUUCGUCAAUUUGGAGUUGGUGCUCUUUUCCAACGCCGAUAACAUCAGGUCCAUACCUUGUUUGGUCGACGGGUUCAAGCCUGGACAGAGAAAGAUCCUCUUCACAUGCCUAAAACGUAACGACAAGCGCGAAGUGAAAGUGGCGCAGUUGGCCGGUUCCGUGGCAGAGCACUCUGCCUAUCACCACGGCGAAGUCUCUCUGUGCAUGACGAUCGUAAACUUGGCGCAAAACUACGUGGGCAGCAACAACAUUAACCUUCUGGAACCGCGCGGUCAGUUCGGUACCCGCUUGUCGGGCGGCAAGGACUCGGCCAGUCCCAGGUACAUUUUCACCAAACUUUCGCCGAUGGCGCGCAUGAUUUUCCAUCCGCACGACGACCCACUGCUGAAGCACGAAUACGACGAUAACUUGAAGAUCGAGCCGGUCUGGUAUAUGCCGGUUAUACCGAUGAUUUUGGUGAACGGCGCCGAAGGUAUCGGCACCGGAUGGAGCACCAAGAUAGCGAAUUACAACCCGAGGGAAAUUGCCACCAAUUUGAGGAGGAUGAUGGACGGAGACGAGCCCAACAUGUUGCAUCCGUGGUACAAGAACUUCAAAGGCACGAUCGAAUACUGCGGCGACAACCGGUACUGCUGCAGCGGCGAAAUCGCCAUAAUCGGCGACGAUAAAAUCGAGAUAACCGAGCUGCCGGUGGGCACGUGGACGCAAAACUACAAGGAGAACGUGCUCGAGCCGCUGCUGACGGGCUCGGAGAAAGUGAAGGCCCUCGUUCAGGACUACAAGGAGUACAACACCGACACCACCGUGAAAUUCGUGGUCACGCUGAUGUCCGGCCAGCUGACCGUCCUCGAGAGGGAAGGCUUGCACAAGGUGUUCAAGCUGCAGACGAUGUUCUCCACCAGCUCGAUGUGCGCUUUCGACGAGCUGGGCUGCCUGAAGCGCUACGACAGCGUGAUGCAGAUCCUGAAGGAGUUCUACGAUUUGCGUUUGAAGCACUACCAGAAGCGCAAGGACUAUCUCGAGGGCGUUUUGGAGGCAGAGGCGGCCAAACUGACGAACCAGGCGCGGUUCAUAAUGGAGAAGUGCGGCGGAGAGCUGGUGGUCGAGAAUAAAAAGAGGAAGACUAUAGUCGACGAGCUGAUUAAGAAGGGUUACGCUCCUGAUCCGGUGAAAACGUGGAAAGAGAGGAACAACGAGGAGGAGGAAGCUCAGGCGCCCGAAGAAGAACACGAUGAGGACGAGGAGGGUUCAAGCACCAAGAAGAAGAAACCUGUCGAUACCGAAGCCGAAUUUAAGAAUCUCGCAGAAGUGAAAAAGUUCGACUACCUGUUGGGUAUGUCGAUGUGGAUGUUGACGGACGAGCGGAAAAACGAACUGCUCAGGCAGAAAGACCAGAAAAUGAGCGAGCUCGACAUUUUACGCAAAAAAACCAAAGUCGACUUGUAUCGGGAAGAUCUGGACGCUCUUCUGGAGAAACUCGACGUGGUGGAGGAAAAGGAGAGGAAAGAGUUGGCCAACGUGCCGGUGAAGAAGGAAAAGGGCGUUGCGGGCAGGAAAAAGGCGAACCUGACGGAGACCAUGCCUUCGCCGAUGGCCGAGAGGGUGGCUCCGAAGAUCACGGAAGAGAUGAAGAAGAAGAUACAGCAGGCGCAGAGAGUGAAGGAGAACAAGGGCAAGGGUCGCGUCAAAAAGGAGAACAUCAGCUUGGACGGGGAGGAGAAGGACGAGUUCGAUGCGAUGGUGCAAAGCAAGAAGACGCUGAAGGAUAAGCUGGGCACUCCGGAGGAAAUCGAGAAGAAAGCCAAGGGGAAGAAGGCGGUGAAGAAGGAGUCGGACGGUAUGAAGCAGACCAAACUCAAUUUUUCAGUUUCGAACGGUUCGCCGAAAAAGCGCGGCAAAGCGAGGAAGAUAGCCGCCGACGAUUCGGACGACGACUCGGCGAAGAAGAAGAAGCAGCGCGGAAGGAAGAAGCGCAGCGAAGACAGCGACGACGACGACGACGCCGUCUCGUUCGGCUCCGACCAGGAGAUCGACUUCGCGCCUUCGCCGGUCAAGGAGCGCACCAACCGCCGGGCCGCCGCCAAGCCCGUCAAGUACGCCCUGUCGGACGACGAGUCGGAGAAAAUGUCCGACGUCGAGUUGGAGUUGAAGGAUAACGCCGCCGUAGCGGAGAAAGAAAACAACGUGGCAGCGCUGUCGGACAGCGAGGACGAGGAGAAACCGCCGCCGCCGCACGAGACCUCCGAAGACAUGUUCGACUCGCUGGUCGGAAAGACCAAGGAGGCGGAGAAGAAACCCGCCGCCCCCAAGCGGAAGCAAACGGAGAGGAGUCAGUCGGAAUCUGACGCCUCGUUUAACGUGAGCGAGAAGGACGAUUCGGACGACGAGUUCGAGGCGAUGUGCAAGCCGAAGAAGGGCAAGGCGAAGCCGAAAGCGGCCGCGAAGCCGGCCAAGAAGAAGAAGAAGACCAGCGAUUCCGAGGACGACGACAAACCGAUCAAGUCGAAGGCCAAGCCGAAGAAGAAGAAGGUGAUGAGCGAUUCCGAGGACGACGAACCGAUCAGGCCGAAGAAGAAAUACAUGGAGAGUUCUGACGAGGAUAGUUUUUAGUUGUGGCGUUUUGUGCGUAUAAGACACUUUUAUUUUAUUGUACAAACCAGUGAGUGAUUGUUUUUUUUAUAAUUGCUGUAUUCCGUAUAUUAUAGGCGUAAUUAAAUUUUUAAUCUUUAAAAUUGUCGUUUUUUUUUAAUCUUUUUUUUUCAAUACUGCCGUCCUGAUGAAGAAAAUGAAUCCACAUUAUUUAUUGGAGAUGGGAAUCGGAA